AUGUCCAGGUCCGCUGCGUCGUCCAACCUCUUGCCCAAGCAGGACUCACCUGCACACAAGUCUGUGGCGGAGUUCGUCAGAUCAUCAGCUAACGGCGAUCCCCCUGCGCAAGCGUUUAGCUUUGAUGGGUGAGUCGGCGCUGCCUUGUGGAUGGCCCCUUGAAUGCAACCAAAAUACACUGACGCUUUGCCCUACCGCUUCCACUCGUCCAUCCCCACACGAACAUCUAUACUUGAUCGCACUGUUGUUCAUUGGGAAAACAGGGAGAGGGGAACGGGAAGAGCAUCUUUGUGCAAGCACUUGCCUGGAGGCAGAACAGAGUGCACAGACAUUGCGUUGGAAGGUGAGCAAGCUAAUCAAGCUGUCGAGGAGGCAUUUGGAUUGGAGGUGCGGACAUCGUGCAGAUGUACCGGUGGUGAGCCUCAUCGACCUUGUGACGAGGCUACGUACAAAGUCAAGCAUCUGGUUGCUUCUUCGACCGCCACGCCCAUGAAAUAGCUCCUGACUCCAGGACUCCAGCACCUCAAUGUCACUUACUCCCACACGCUGGUCUUGCGCUUUUCAUCUCGCUCAGCAAAAGAUUUGUUCGCUCAGAUGCAAUCCCUAGGAUGUGAGUGGCGGCCCUCUUCGAUGAGGUUGACUUGCUUUCACUGGACAUCUUGCUGACCUGAAUCACGACUUCGUGAUGAAUUACGCAGUCUUCUGUCAAUUGCCUCAAGACCCCGCAUUGACCCACAUUCAAUGUCGCAAGCUGCCACAGUGA